CUCGGUUUAGCGCAUAAACGUGCAACGCCCGUCCGUCUUGUUCUUAGUAACAAACGAGUCGCCGUCAAUUAUAGUUAUACAACACGUCGUUCCGCCGUUGUUGUGUGUCUGUGUGUGUGUUAUCACACGGAAUAUAUAUUAUAUAUACCUGUAUAUAUAUAUAUUUUUUUUUUUGGAAUUUAAGUACAUUUUUGACAAAUCCAUUAGAGAUAAUCGGAGGUAAUUUUUUUUUUGCUUCCUCAACUAUUUAAUAAAAAACAAAUAUUAAAAAAUUGUUCAAUUAACGCGGUAUUGUCGUGCGGACGCGUGUGAUUUUGUGCGCGCGUAAACGUGUUUAGUGUGUGUGUGUGGGUCCGUCCGUUCGCCCCGGUGAGAAGCGACCAAAACGAUGGCUGCAGCGGCCACAAGAUGAUACCGGCUUACAGUACCGGUAAUCCGUCCGGAAACAGUUUAGUCGAGUACAUAUUCGUGCUGAACCACUCCAAGACUUGAUAAUAAUAUUACUAUCACGUUCGUUCGACCCGGUGUGAGUUCGCGCCAAAAAAACAAACGUACCCACUAAAAGCAAAAGAAAACAACUUUUCUACUCCCACGUUGACGGUGCUGUUUGUUUGUUUUUUUUUACCAAAUCGUACCGAAAACAAACGCAAACACCGCCCUUAUCUUGCGCCGGUCCGUUUCUGCCGCCUCCGCUACUGCCGCCAACGCCGUCAUCGCUUCGCCGAGGACGUCUUCGCCGGUCCUUCCGCCCCGGAAGAAGACCUCAGUAGCCACUACAGUCUCAAGUACGUCCGCCGUUGGGCGAACCGACGUCGCCGCCUCUACCGCCACCCGUGUCAUCAUGCCAAAGUACGGCGGUGGUUUCGGAUUUGAACCGGCCCUUGUGUUGGUGGCCACGCUAGUAGCCAUCAUGGCCGUGUCCGUGGUAGCCGUACCGGCCGCACACCACUUGCACCACCAUGGACACCGGAUGGGCGCCGGUUCGUCGUCCGGCAUCGAGCACCCACUCAGCAAACGGUCGUUUUUCGACAUCCAAUGCAAAGGCGUGUACGACAAGACGAUUUUCGCAAGGCUGGACAGGGUGUGCGAAGACUGUUACAAUUUGUUCCGGGAACCACAGCUCCAUUCUCUGUGCAGAUCUACAUGCUUUAAUACGGUAUACUUUAAGGCUUGUUUGGAGUCUCUUCAACUGCUAACGGAAGAAACUCAGUACAACCAGAUGGUCGACUUUUUGGGGAAGAAAUAAAAUAUAAUUAUAAAAUACGGUAUAUGUACUCCAUACGUAUAUUUUAUUUAUUUGUAAACCAGACAUUGCGGCUGUCGAAAACCCAUUCUAGUCUAUUCAGAGAAAGCAACAGCAUUACAACAAUAUAAUAAAUAUAUCGACGAAAUAUGUUUACUUUCCCUAGAUGAAUUUUUCUAAUUUAUUAAUAGAUUAUAAGGAUUUUGUUUUUAAUUUUUGUUUACAAAAAAACCUAUUUAAUUGUUUGUUUUUAAUUUCUAAGAGUUGUAUUAUAAAUUAUAUUAUUAUUAUAUAUAAAUAUAUUAUAUACAAAAAGAACAAUUUAAAAUCUUUUCAUCAAAAAAUGUGUAAUAUUUUUUAUUUUAUAUAAAAAAAAAAAAAACUGUUGAAUUUUUUUUGUAUUUAUUUAAUUUUUAAAUAAACAUAUAAUGACAACUCUAGCGAAUACAUGACUCAAAGUAGCAUGUGUUUCACUAACAAAGAUAUUAUUUGCAUUACGCUUUGAGAUAAAUAAACUAUUUAGCCUCAUUAGCAUUUGUUUUGAUAUUACUAUAUUGUAACAAACAAA